UUUAAAAUAAACUGCUGAGGGUUAUGAUUGUUCCUAUUUUCGAUGGAGCAUUACAUGGAAUUGAUGACAUAACUGGCGAAUUGUAUCGUUACAUUGUAUACGUAUAUAGAAUAUCGCGUCCUUUUACUCAGGAUGGCGAAGGCGGGGACGAAGUAAAGACCACACCUUUGUCAAAGUACUCGAAACUAAAAUUUCUUCAAUAGAUUUUCGAUUUUAUUGCAAUAACAUAAAGUUUAUUUUAUGGUGGUAUCCUGUGAGAAGACCUUACUUCCUCAAAGUUGGAAUCAGGGUACGGUGACAUCACAAUUGUUAAAAUUCUUCUACCCUAUUCUUCUAAUGACCCCAAUGUUGUUUUCCAGUUCCAAAACCAUUACUAUACUAUCGUGCCUGGAGUUCAAGGACUACAAUGCGUACUCUUUUGUAACUUUUUGGUACAAAAUUAAAAAAGUUUCUUAAGGCAAUCGAUUUUCAAAAUACUUUCAAAUUUGUGGCGUGACUUUUAUUGUCAGAAAUAAUAUUGAAAUUGUAUUUACCGUUUAUUAGUAAUAUAAUUAUAAAAAAGUAUUAAAAACAAAGCCGGGAUGAGAAGCAGCGGUCUGGUGUUGUUCGCGUGUGCUGGCCUGCUGCUUAGUGGUGGUGCGAUCCUAGGCGGGUCAGUAGCAUGGAGUCUGUUGCGUAUGUCAUACUACUUCUGGACGACUGACCUGGGUGUGGAGCUGAGCUCCAGCAUCAUGUUCCUGGCGGGCGCGCUGCUGUGUCUGCCCACCUGCUGGCUCUCCACUGUAGUGCCCUACCACGUCAAGUCCUUGUCUUUGACGGCCACGUUGAUGGCGUUAGUGAGCGUGGCCAUGGUUAUGCUGUCCAUGGGGUUGUCGUCGAUCUCAGGGCUCUCGCGUGCGCUGCGGGAACCGGCUAUGAUCAACAACAGCAUGCUGCGAGCUAUGUCCAUCGAUGCCUUCGACCCCGCCGUCAGGAGCUCCUUCGCCGCCAUGCAGAUUGAGCUGAGAUGUUGCGGCGUGCAGUCGUUCUCCGACUGGUACCAGCACCGCCGCACGCUGCCACCUGCCUGCUGUGGACAAAUGUGGAACGGAAAGGAGGCAAAACACCAGACAAAUCACCUGGUGGUAGGUUAUCGGCGCCGCCUAUGGACACCCGCAACACCGGAGGAGCUACAGCGCGGCGAUAUGUGCCUCACGCCGCUGUACAGUAUGGGCUGCCUGCGGCCCGCGCUCGCCGAGCUCCGAUACUUCACGUACUCACUGUCUGCACUGUCCUCCGCCAUCGUCGUUGUCAUGGCGGUAACCCUAUUCGCGGCCGCGUACACCAUGGUGACGGGCGUGGUGGAGCGCGGCGAGGUGUCGCGGUCGUACAAGCCCCCGGCGGCGCUGCGCAUCGCGUGCCUGGCGCACCCGCCGGCGCCGCUCGUGGCGCUCACGUCGCCCGCCGCCAUGCCGCACGACAACCCCAUCUAAACACCACCCACUCGCGCACACCAUCACAACCUACACUAUAAAGUACGUCUGAAGUUUCUGCGAUCGCUAGAUGGCGUCGGUGCAGCUUUUAGUCAAGAAGUUUUAAGCUACACUAGCGACACUGGUGGUGAAUUCAAGCCCGGGGGACUGCUUUGUUUUUUUGCCUCAAAUUUCGAUUAAGGGUUUAAUAUGCAUUAAAAAACUGCAUUAGGAGGCAUGGUUCUCCAACAGAUACAGAAUACUAAACCUAAAUAGUCAUGUGUCUAAAAAGAAAACUUUCUUUCGGUCUCAGUUAAGUACCUGUGUGGUAAUUUGACAAUGUCUGAUUAAGUUGCUGUUAGUACAUCAAACUAUCCGUCAUUUGAACUAACAGAGGGGUACUCAGACAUUGUGAAAAGCCGAGUAGCUCCAUGGUGUGCAUGACGUCACCGUCGACAUAGACAUCAGUGGCCCGUACAGUGUUGCCAGUUUGCAGAUUAAGUUAACAUAAGUUCUAUUGGAAACACCUUUAGGUAAAGUUUAGAACGGUAAUUAAAUUAUUACUUCCAAAUGUCACUUAAAUUGUAUAAAAGUAUAAG